ACGUAUAUAUCCACAGCAUAAAUAAAAUAAAAAAAACAAAACCAAAAAUAGAAAUUUGAAGCAUAAUAAUAAUUGUGUGUAAGAGAGAGAAGCAGUGAGAGUGGGACUCGAAGACUUUUCCGAGCUCCAAAUCAACCAACACAAAACUCAAAUCUCUGAGUUUUUCCAAUCAACUUUGCCACGGCCAUAAUCUGUUUUAGAUUAAUUGAUCAUGGGUGAAGAAGACACGGUGGCCAAUGACACUGAAAUAGUGGCAAAUGGGACUAGCCAGUUAGGGAAAACCAGCAAAGAUGCGACUUUGAAAAAAGGGGACGAAAAGGUUGAGGUAAAAGAAAUAGAUGUAUAUAAGAAAGGUGAUGAGAAAGAUGAAGCAGAGAAAAAGAAUGAAGGCCAAGAGACCGAUGGAAGCAAAGAUGAAAAAGUGAAAGAAAAAGCAGAGGAACCCAAGGUUGAGGAAAUAAAAGAGGAAAUUGGUCCAAAUGAAGUUAAGAAAGAUGAUGAGAAUGCUCUAGUUGAGAAUGGAAGCAAAGGUGAAAAGGUGAAAGAAACAGAGGAAACCAAAGUUGAGGAAAAGGAAGAAGAAACUGCUCCAAAUGAAAAAGUGGAGACUGAAGAAAAGAAGCAAAUUGAAGUGGAAGAAGAGAAGGUGGAUGGGCUUCAGGUGGAGGAAGAGAAGGAAAAGGUGAAGGUAGAAGACAAGGAAGAAGAUAAGGAAGAAGAGAAGGAAGAAGAUAAGGAAGAAGAUAAGGAAGAAGAGAAGGAAGAAGAGAUGGAAGAAGAGAAAGAAGAAGAAGCUAAGAUGGACAAAGGGUCGAGGAAGCGUGGAAAAGGAAAGAGUGCGGAGAAAACCAAAGAGAAGAAAAGGAAAGUUGCAGAAAAGAAGGAGCCAGAGCAAAGGACUCCCGCUAUUGAUCGCCCUGUUCGUGAGCGGAAAUCAGUUGAAAGGCUGGUGGCAACUAUUGAAAAGGAUAAUGCCAGGGAAUUCCAUAUAGAGAAGGGACGCGGUACACCAUUGAAAGACAUACCUAAUGUGGCUUUCAAGUUGUCAAGAAGGAAAAUCGAUGAUAACUUAAAACUACUUCAUACUAUUCUUUUUGGAAGGAGAGGAAAGGCACUUGAGGUCAAGAGUAAUAUAUCCAGGUUCUCUGGAUUUGUGUGGCGUGGAAAUGAGGACAAGCAAAAUAGUAAAGUAAAAGAAAAACUUGACAAGUGUAAUAAAGAGAAGUUAUUGGACUUCUGUGAUCUGCUCAAUGUAUCAGUUUCCAAAGCCACUACUAGGAAGGAGGAUAUAGUUGCAAAGCUUAUCGAGUUUUUGGUGGCUCCUCAAGCUACAAGUGAUGUCCUCCUCGCAGAAAAAGAGACGCCAACUAAGGGCAAAAAGCGCAAGAGGGCAACUAAAGGAAGUCCUUCAACUUCUGGGGGCACAAGUUCAAAGCGCUUAGCAAAGAGUCGUAGAAAGAAUGAUGAUGAUUCAAAAUUGGAGGACAAGAGUACACCAGAUACAGAAGAUGAGUCGGUGGAAGAUGUAAAAGAAGAAGAAGAAAAUGAUGAAGAUGAAAAUGAAAAUGGCAUUCCAGAGAAGUCAGAGGAUGUGAUGCCUGAGCUUUCAGAAAGUGAGGAGAAACAUGAUUCUUCCGAUGGUACUGACAAAGAAGUGAUAAAAAAGAAGCCACGGUCAAAAUCAUUGUCAUCCAGAAAGAAGGAAUCUUCUGGAAAAGCUAGAACAAAAAAAUCCGCAGUUUCUGCUAAGUCUACUCCACCACCUAGUAAAAGACAAAAGAAGUCAUCAUUAAAGCGCACUCCAGUUGAUGAUGACAGUGAUACGAGUCCAAAGGUAUCCUCAAGGAAGAAGAAAAAUGUGAAAGUGUCCAAAGCAUCAACUCCAAAAAAAUCUGCCUCAAAGGAAAAAACUGGGAAAAAAGUUGCUAAAGGUAAGGACAAGACCAAGGAAGAAAAAUUGAGGCCAACUGAUGACAAUUUGAGAGAUGCAAUAUGUCAAAUUCUCAAAGAGGUUGACUUCAAUACGGCUACUUUCACGGACAUUCUGAAGCAACUUGCCGGGCAAUUUGAUGCAGAUCUCAGCCUGAGAAAGUCAGCCAUAAAGCUCAUGAUCCAGGAAGAGCUUACUAAAUUGGCUGAUGAGGCAGAUGAAGAAGACGAAGAAGAAGGGGAUGCAGAGAAAGACGAAACCCAGACUGCUAAGGAAGGGGAGGUCGAAGCCUGACCAAUUAGAGGGAACAUGACUGCAUGGACAUAGUAAUAGCUAUUUGUCUUUGUUUUUUGCUUUUUUUACUUAAUGUUAAUGCUGCAUGUACUAUUUAGUCUGUCACAGUAAGCUGGAUGUAAUUUAUCGUUAGCGCUCUCUGCUUGCUGGCAAGUAAACUAGUAAAUUUGAAUUUUAAACCAGUUGAUGUGAAACUACUCUCAGGUUGUGCUGCAGGAUUGCAGCUUGUUAUGUACACAUUAACACAAUUAAUAUGAAUUUCUCUCUAAU